CUUUCAGUGAUAGCGAAAGAAUGUCUGGAGAAAGGUAACAAAGAAUACAGACAAGGAGAAGCUAAUAAUGCGAUAAUCUCCUACACGGAAGGACUUCAAGUGAACUGCAAAGAUAAACGGCUGAACGCCAAGCUUUACAGCAACAGGGCAACAGCUCAUUUCCGUUUAGGUAACAAUUUCAUUUCUAAAUAUAUAAAUCUCUCAUGCAGCGUUACAAGAUAACGGAAUACACAAAUCUGCCCCAAGAGAAGGAAAAAAAUUGAGCAACUAUAGAAAAGAAGCAUAGAAAGAGAUAUCACCCUUUAGCAGAUCAAGAUUAAUCAAAGAAAUGAUCCUCGUAGAUGAACAGCAAUUUAUGCAAUUGUAAUUUUUUCAUGCGUCUUUGCCGCAGCUGCAUGUGAUGACCACUUUUUUAAACCUCUUUCCUUAAAUUUCACAGCAAACUACGUGGAAUGUCUCGAUGAUGCAACAGUUGCUGUUCAAUUGGAACCCACUUUAAUCCAAGCUAUUGAGAAAGGUGAGUUUUUCAGAUAUAAGCCGUCAACAUUCUUUUCUCUGAUUUCGUCAAAAGAGGAUUGUGUGGUUUGUGGCAGGUAACUGGCCCCAAAUGUAACUUGUAUCUGGUGUGUCAAUGUCUGUUAUGUGGGUAAAAAGCAUAAGCAAAUGUCAAUAAGCUCUCAAAUACCACCGCCUGGUUAGUUCACGUUGUAGAGCGCCGGAGGUCGAGGGCUAAAGCCCUAGACCAGAACAAAACUCAGUCUAAAAACAUCUGAGGAGAAUAUGCUGCCACCUGGCUGUGACAUCUGCAAAUUGUUUGAUAAUCUUCUCCCGGAUAUGGACGGAAAACCGUAACCCCCCUUUCCUGCAUCUUCUCUGUAACUCAUAGCAAGGGACGUUAAAAAACCCGGCAAGGAGGUACCUGAAAAAUUCCUUUUCAAACGGUAAACUGCUCAAUGUAGUCUGCCCGAAAACGUCCUCGAAAAGUGCUGAAAAGCGCAUAAGAGCACAUUAAAAUGAAGAAUAGGUGAGAUAAAUUCAUCGUUAUCAUCAUCAAUUGGUGGCCGCUUUGCAUUAGCUCCUUACUGUUCAUUUUCAGUUCUUCUACAAGUUCAAAUGUCCUUCAUUACGACAAUUUUUGUUCCCAGCUAAAUGACAAAUUAAGUCCAAUUUAUCAAUACGUUCAUACCUUAACAGUGAUAAAUUACCUCGCACCACCAAUUAUUCUCUGCUUUUCAGGAGCCAGAGCUUGUGUCGAACUUUCCUGGGAUAAAGAAGCAAGGAGCUGGUUGCAUAUGGGAUUGACAGUAUCCUUUAACGAAUGCUUGAAACGUGAUACGAGAUGCAAUGCGAAUAAUAUUUCAAGGAAAAUCAAUACAUACCAGGCAGAUUCUUCUACACAUAAUGCAAACUAUGUUCUCUUAUACUGCACUGAGCAGUUUAAAGAAGCUAAAAUAUUAUUAAGGAGUUCUUUCUUUUAUUCCACGAAACUUAAAUUAAAAGAAGAGGUCAUAUUAACUAAUUCCUAGAGUUUCUGCUGAAUGCCCCUCAUUUUUAACUUCAAACGAGCAUCACCAUGACGACUGAACCUAAACUAAUAAAUGCGCUUCAGAGCUGGUUAACACUCUCGAAUAACUUGAAAUCAAAUCUUUUUAAGAAACCCACGUUCGAAUUAUCAUUCCAAUUUUAGGGUUUUAUACAAUAAUCUCACUAUUUUUAAAACAGAAAUUUCCAUUGCAUUUUCGCAAAACAGCUCGUGAUUUAUCUACCCUUGACACGUUUUAAGAUUGAAAACAAUAACGAACGUCUGCUUCAAUUACUAAGGAAAUCGAAUGCCGAACUAAAAGUCAAAGCACACACUUAUGCCAGUCUCGGAUGUGCUUAUUAUCGUGUUGGGCAGUUUCACACAGCAAUCAAGUAUCAUCGACAGGAUCUAGAAAUUGCUGAAGAAGUGGGAGACAAGGCCGGAGAGGGAAGAAGUUAUGGCAAUCUCGGCAACGCUUAUGACAGUCUAGGACAGUUUAAAACAGCCAUCCAGUACCAUCAACGUCAUCUAGAAAUUGCUAAAGAAGUGGGAGACAAGGCCGGAGAGGGAAUAGGUUAUUGCGGUCUCGGCAACGCUUAUCAAGGUCUAGGACAGUUUAAAACAGCCAUCCAGUACCAUCAACGUCAUCUAGAAAUUGCUAAAGAAGAGGGAGACAAGGCCGGAGAGGGAAGAAGUUAUUGCCAUCUCGGCAACGCUUAUCAAGGUCUAGGACAGUUUAAAACAGCCAUCCAGUACCAUCAACGUCAUCUAGAAAUUGCUAAAGAAGUGGGAGACAAGGCCGGAGAGGGAAGAAGUUAUGGCAAUCUCGGCAACGCUUAUCAAGGUCUAGGACAGUUUAAAACAGCCAUCCAGUACCAUCAACGUCAUCUAGAAAUUGCUAAAGAAGUGGGAGACAAGGCCGGAGAGGGAAGAAGUUAUGGCAAUCUCGGCAACGCUUAUCGCAGUCUAGGACAGUUUAAAACAGCCAUCCAGUACCAUCAACGUCAUCUAGAAAUUGCUAAAGAAGUGGGAGACAAGGCCGGAGAGGGAAUUAGUUAUGGCAAUCUCGGCAACGCUUAUCAAGGUCUAGGACAGUUUAAAACAGCCAUCCAGUACCAUCAACGUCAUCUAGAAAUUGCUAAAGAAGUGGGAGACAAGGCCGGAGAGGGAAUAGGUUAUUGCCAUCUCGGCAACGCUUAUCAAGGUCUAGGACAGUUUAAAACAGCCAUCCAGUACCAUCAACGUGAUCUAGAAAUUGCUAAAGAAGUGGGAGACAAGGCCGGAGAGGGAAUUAGUUAUGGCAAUCUCGGCAACACUUAUCGCAGUCUAGGACAGUUUAAAACAGCCAUCCAGUACCAUCAACGUGAUCUAGAAAUUGCUAAAGAAGUGGGAGACAAGGCCGGAGAGGGAAUUAGUUAUGGCAAUCUCGGCAACGCUUAUCAAGGUCUAGGACAGUUUAAAACAGCCAUCCAGUACCAUCAACGUCAUCUAGAAAUUGCUAAAGAAGUGGGAGACAAGGCCGGAGAGGGAAUAGGUUAUUGCCAUCUCGGCAACGCUUAUGACAGUCUAGGACAGUUUAAAACAGCCAUCCAGUACCAUCAACGUCAUCUAGAAAUUGCUAAAGAAGUUGGAGACAAGGCCGGAGAGGGAAGAAGUUAUGGCAAUCUCGGCAACGCUUAUCACAGUCUAGGACAGUUUAAAACAGCCAUCCAGUACCAUCAACGUGAUCUAGAAAUUGCUAAAGAAGUGGGAGACAAGGCCGGAGAGGGAAGAAGUUAUGGCAAUCUCGGCAACGCUUAUCGCAGUCUAGGACAGUUUAAAACAGCCAUCCAGUACCAUCAACGUCAUCUAGAAAUUGCUAAAGAAGUGGGAGACAAGGCCGGAGAGGGAAGAAGUUAUGGCAAUCUCGGCAACGCUUAUCGCAGUCUAGGACAGUUUAAAACAGCCAUCCAGUACCAUCAACGUGAUCUAGAAAUUGCUAAAGAAGUGGGAGACAAGGCCGGAGAGGGAAGAAGUUAUGGCAAUCUCGGCAACGCUUAUCACAGUCUAGGACAGUUUAAAACAGCCAUCCAGUACCAUAAACGUGAUCUAGAAAUUGCUAAAGAAGUGGGAGACAAGGCCGGAGAGGGAAGAAGUUAUGGCAAUCUCAGCACUGUUUAUUGCAGUCUAAGGCAGUUCAAAACAGCAAUCGAGUACCAUCAACGUUAUCUAGAAAUUGCUACAGAAGCGGGAAACAAGGCCGGAGAGGGAAGACGUUAUUGCCUUCUUGGCAGGAUUCAUCUCCAUCAAAGAGAGUUGACAAAGGCAAUCGAGUGUUAUCAACGUCACCUUGAAAUAUCCAAAGAGGCUGGAGAUAAGACUGGAAUGGCGUGCUCACUCUGUUCUCUUGGAAGCAGUUUUGAGUGCCAAGGAAAUCUUAUGAUGGCCUUUGACUGUUAUCACUCGAGUGUACAGUUGUAUGAUGACAUCAGGGCCAGUCUUCAACUCCACGAUCAGUGGAAGAUUUCUUAUCGCAAUCAGCACCAAAGUGCAUACAAAGGUUUGUGGCGUAUAAAUCUCAAUCAAGGUCAAGUUGUAAAGGCUCUUCUUGCCGCAGAGAAAGGACGUGCUCAAGCUCUGAGAGAUCUCAUGGCCACAAAAUAUCAGCCUGGAGAUUCUUCAACGCACGGCGCAUCUCUGAGCUGGGUUCCAUUGAGCACAGUUUUCAUAGCUAUUAAUGGACCAUGCGUUUACCUCUGGGUUUGCCUCAGUGAAGAUAACAUCCAGAUGAGACAGGUACACGUCAACAAUUAUAAGUAUGAGGAAGAGUUGGAAUGUUUCACCAAGCUACUGAACAAAACUGCUCUGAAGGAGAUCGGUGCAAGAGAUACUGUUCCAAUCGAAAAUCCUCCGCUUGAUUCGCCGACAGAAGAGAAAGUGGCCAAUCAAGUGAUCCCAGUUGAUGUGAGGCACUCCCAAUCAAGUGCUUUAAAGAAGCUGCAUGACAUCAUCGUUGCUCCUAUCGCUGACCUGAUCGAAGGCAACGACGAGAUCACAUUUGUUCCUGAGGGGCCAUUUUGCCUUGUGCCUUAUGCAGCGCUGCAGGACUCUGACUCAUCAUAUCUAAGUGAUUCUUUCAGAAUUCGUGUCCUUCCCUCUCUGACGACGUUGAAACUAAUUCAUGAUUGUCCAGCUGACUUUCACAUGAAGACUGGUGCAUUGCUUGUCGGCGAUCCAUGUUUUAAACAUAUCAUCUAUGAAGGAGGACUUUUGGUGCAACUUCCAGGAGCAAGGAAAGAAGUGGAGAUGAUCGGACGUAUCCUCCAUGUUUCCCCCCUCACUGGACAAAUGGCAACAAAAGAUGAAGUGUUAAAACGAAUAUCAUCAGUGGCGUUAAUUCACAUUGCAGCGCACGGUAAACUGGAAACUGGAGAAGUUAUCCUGGCACCAAACACCACAAGAGAAAACCCUCAGCCGCAAGAGAAAGACUAUCUACUGACGAUGAAAGACGUCAUAGAAGCUGGGCUAAGAGCACGUCUGGUUGUACUCAGCUGCUGUCACACUGCUCGUGGGGAGGUCAUGGCAGAGGGUGUGGUCGGCAUGGCGCGUGCACUUUUGGGUGCCGGUGCUAGAUCUGUUGUGGCAACCUUGUGGGCGAUUGACGACGAGGGAACCCUGGAGUUCAUGAGUUUCUUCUACGAUGCACUUGCCAAAGGCAAGAGGGCAAGUGAAGCUCUCAAUCAGGCCAUGAAGUGUAUGAGAGAAAUUGAAAAGUUCAAGAAGGAGAUUUACUGGGCACCAUUUGUACUCAUUGGUGACGACGUCAACCUGGAUUUCAAGGAUAUUUAG